CGGUAAAGCCGGGCGCAAUGUGUGUCAGAGGACUGUCUGUGCUCCCCGAGUAGAUGACUGCUCCAAAUCUGGUGUCUGCUUUACUGAUUGCGAGUUACGAGAAAUAUUUGGCUCGCACAUUAUUAUCCCAAGUCAGGACAAGGUUUUUCGAUUGUGGGAUAGAAUGCCGGCGAUCGUAAGUAAAAACUCCGAUUUGGAGUUUGACUCCUUACAACCGUGUUUCUACCCGGACGAGGACGACUUCUACCUCUGUGGUCCCGACUCCGCGCCACCGGGGGAGGACAUCUGGAAGAAAUUCGAGUUGUUACCCACUCCGCCCCUCUCCCCGAGCCGGGCCGCGCUACCGGGGGAUGCGGCGACUGCCUCCGCGGAAGCAGACCCUCUGGGCUUCGGUCUCGGGGACCCGCUGGACUGGGCAUCGGAGCUCCUGCUGCUGCCCGAGGACGAUAUAUGGGGGGCGUCCGACGACGGGGACCUGUUUGGCUCCCCUUUGGAUACUAACCCCAGCAACAUCAUAAUCCAGGACUGUAUGUGGAGCGGCUUCUCCGCCAGGGAGAAGCUGGAGCGGGUGGUCACCGAGAAACUGGGCAAGGCUAUUUCCACCGCCACCGCGGGCGGCAGGAGCGCGUGCGUCAAAGCACCGGAGGUGGCGAGCCGCAGUCCGGUGACGGAGUGCGUGGACCCCACCGUGGUCUUCCCUUUCCCGGUCAACAAGAAGAACGGCAGCCGAGACUCAACCGGGACCGUUAACACGCCCACAAACCCGGGAUGCGCUCCCAGUGACUCCGAAGAGGAAGACGACGACGAAGACGACGACGACGACGAGGAGGACGACGAAGAAGGAGAGGAGGAGGAUGAGGACGAUGAUGAUGAGGAGGAGGAGGAGGAGGAGAUUGACGUGGUAACGGUGGAGAAAAGGCGCUCCACGAUGAACAAGGCGUCCCCCAUGGCGGCGGGGACGGUCACCAUCUCCGUGCACCCCAAGAGCCAAGACGCGAGGGGGUCCGGCGUGGUGAGCCGGUUCGUCGGCAGAGCCCCCCAGGAGCUGAUCCUGAAGAGGAGCACCGUCCACCAGCAGCAACACAACUACGCGGCGCCGUCGCCGUACACCUCGGACGACGACCCCCGCCCCGCCGCGAAGAAGCAAAGGACGUCGGACGCCCCUCGACCCCCGCCCAGGACCAUCUCGUCGUGCUCCUCGUCCUCCUCCACGUCCUGCAGCUCGUUCGGCGGCGCGUCGGGGCCGCGCAGCAAGCGCAGCGCCAGCGGGGACAGCAGCCCGCGCGGCAGCUCCGACGACUCGGAGGACAGCGAGCGCCGGCGCAACCACAACAUCCUGGAGCGCCAGCGCCGCAACGACCUGCGCUCCAGCUUCCUGACGCUGCGCGACCACGUGCCGGAGCUGGCGCACAACGAGAAGGCGGCCAAGGUGCUGAUCCUGAAGAAGGCCACCGAGUACGUGAGCUCGCUGGAGACGGAGGCCACGAGGCUGCAGCAGGAGAAGGACAGGCUCAAGGCCCGCAGGCAGCAGCUGAUGCGCAGGCUGGAGCAGGCCAGGACUCGCUAACAGACAACCACUACAACACAGGAACACUCACAGAUACCAUGGACGACCCCCACCCCCCACCUCCACCUCUAAGGCCCUGCCCUCUGCGACCCCCUCACACCCCGCCUCAACUCCAUGCAUACACACAUAG